AUGACUACCGCCCACAGGCCUACCUUCGACCCAGCUCGUGGAAAGGAAGCCCUUCGAGGGCCUGCCUAUCACCAAAGGCUCCUGCCCGCCCAUACACAGCUUAAGUUUCGACAACCCGGUCAAGGAGGAGAUGCCGACGAAGUCCGUGACCUACGAGCCGAGCUCCUCGCAGCCGAAGCCGCCCACUUCGCGAAGCAGAACGGCGGUGCCCUGCCCGACGCCAACGAGACCGAUACGUCACCAGCCGCCAUCAACAACGCAAAGCGACCCCUGGCGAUAGCUGACGGAGAGGAAGACCCGGAGGCGAAGCGGCGGCGCAUAUUAGAGGAGUCGAGGGACAUCGAUGCAGACUCGGAGGACGGCUCCGAUAAUGACAGCGAAGAAGAGAGCGACGAGGAGAGCGACGACGACGAGGCAGAGCUACAGCGGGAACUGGAGAAGAUCAGGCGGGAGCGCGCCGAGAAGCGGGAGAAAGAGGAGGCAGAGAAGACGGCGGCCGAGGAGCAGGAGCGCGAGCGCGAUAUUGCGCUUGGUAACCCGCUGUUGAAUCCCAAGCAGAACUUUAAUAUGAAGCGGAGAUGGGACGACGAUGUUGUCUUCAAGAACCAGGCCAGAGGGACUGAAGAUAAGGGCAAGAAGAAGGAGUUUAUCAACGACUUGCUACGAUCCGACUUCCACAAACGUUUCAUGAGCAAGUACGUGCGAUGA